AUCAUGACUGGUCGUGGUAAGGGAGGAAAAGGAUUGGGAAAAGGAGGAGCCAAGCGCCAUCGUAAAGUUUUGCGUGACAACAUCCAAGGUAUCACUAAACCAGCUAUCCGUCGUCUGGCUCGUCGUGGUGGAGUCAAACGUAUUUCUGGACUCAUCUACGAAGAAACCCGUGGAGUUCUCAAGGUCUUCCUCGAAAACGUCAUUCGUGACGCAGUUACCUACACCGAACACGCCAAACGUAAGACCGUCACCGCUAUGGACGUUGUCUACGCUCUGAAACGUCAAGGCCGUACUCUCUACGGUUUUGGAGGUUAAUUCAUUUUUCUACAGCUUCGAUCAAUAAACAAAACGGCCCUUUUCAGGGCCACCAAAUUUUUCAUACGUUGAAAGUUAUUCAAGUUUUACUUUACAUAUUUA